AUGCCGCCCCGCCGUGAUCAAACAGAGGACCUCCCACCGACGGUUUCUGAGCAAUUGUCUCAGUUAAUCACCACAACCAAUUCAGCUUCCACCCACACGAACUCACAACCUGCUGCCUUAAUCGAGACCACAGCCAAUUUGGUGACUACCAUCGCCAAAUUAUCUGACAACCUCUCAUCAGAUACCAUCCACACCACUUCACCAAAGCCUAACGAUGAUGCAUCCCCCUCAUUCAACAAUCGUCAUUCUAACCCUAAGCCACUCAAGAUUAAUUUUACACUAUUCGAUGGUACCAACCCACUCGGAUGGAUUUUUCAAGCGGAAAAUUACUUUACUUAUUACCGGAUACCCCCCGAAGAACGGGUUGAACUAUCUGUCUUCCACUUUGUUGGUGACACGUUAUCGUGGUAUCAAAGCCUUCAUAACAAUGAUUUACUCGGCUCCUGGACCAUGUUUAAAAGAGAAGUUGAAUUACGCUUCGGGCCUUCGUCAUACGAAAAUCAUCAGGCCUCCCUAUUCAAACUUCGCCAAACAACCACUGUUACCGACUACCAAACCGAGUUCGAACGUAUCAGUAAUCGUGUUACGGGACUCUCUCGGGAAGCGUUGCGAAAUUGCUACAUAUCAGGUCUUCGGCAAGACAUUCAAAAUGAGUUAGCUAUUUUGAGACCACAAACCCUACAUGAGGCUUGUGCCUUAUCCAGAACGGUUGAACAUAAGCUCGGCCCAGUUUCAAAACCUAAACCAAUUUCAUUUUCUAAAACCAAUACCAGCCCAUGGACCCCACCCAAUUACUCGCCCGCCAUUACUACAAACCCUACCCAUGCACACCCUAAACCAACCCAACCACCAUUACUGCCGAUGCUUCCUAAACUAUCUUCUUCCUUAGCGGUCACAAGACUCUCACCGGAAGCAAUCGCUCAACGACGAAAGGACGGACUCUGCUUUAAAUGUCCGGAGCGUUAUUUUCCGGGUCACAAAUGCUCACCGCCACAAUUUCUCUUAAUAGUGGAUAAUGAAGAUGCCGAUCCGGAGCCAGUACCUACGAUGACUGAUAACGCGACACCAGACGAGUCCCCUCAACCAAAACUAAUGUCCCUCUCCGACACUGCUUUUUUUGGUAUUUCCUCUAACCAAACAUUAUGUGUUACGGGAUAUAUUUCAGGCAAACUGGUUCAGAUUCUGGUAGACAGUGGUAGCACACAUAGUAUCAUUCAACCUCGGAUCGCUUCUCAAUUGCAGCUGUUAACCAAACCAAUUGUCCCUUUUUCGGUGGUGGUAGGCAACGGUCAGUUCAUACAGUGUACGGGCUACUGUCCGGACGUUCAGUUUCAGGUAAAGAAAACUCAGUUCCAGAUUCCCUUUUUUAUUCUACCAGUUGAAGGAGCCGAUGUUGUUCUCGGUAUUUCAUGGCUUAGCACUUUGGGUCGCCUUACGGUUGACUUCUCGAUCCCAGAAAUUUCAUUCAUUAAAGAUGGCACACCAUGUACCUUGACCGGGGAACCUCUAAAUCGACAGGUGACACCAAGCUCUCUUACCACUCUACUCAAACAUAACUCCAUUGCAUCAUUGCACACCAUGCAUAUUCACCAUGCCAUUAAUCCAGUCAAUGAUAACCCCAUUCCAUCCUAUACUGACCCUACUAUUAACAAAUUACUACAAGACUUCUAUCCACUUUUUCUGCCUACCCAUACUUUGCCCCCAACCCGAACCCAUGACCACCACAUACCACUCUCCAAUGAUUCCACUACUGUUAAUGUGAAACCAUACAGGUAUCCCCACUUCCAAAAAAAGAUCAUGACUAAUUUGAUCCAAGAAAUGUUGCAAGAUGGAAUUAUACAACCCAGCCACAACCCGUUUUCCUCAUCGGUCCUCUUAGUAAAAAAGAAAGAUGGAUCGUGGCGUUUUUGUGUUGGUUCCGUGUCGCUUGUCGCCAGUAUCCUGAUGGGAUUGGCAUUGGAUAUUCCCCUUCUAACCUGA